AUGUUCUACUUCGUCGAGAAUGUCACCUCCGCCAAGGAUGCGCUCGAGCCUGGCCACCACAUCGUCGGGAUCGAGGUUCACACGGCCGCACAUGCAAUGAUGAAGCCGCUGGCUGCCUCUGUCUUGACUGAAUCGCAGAGGUCCUCUGCCCAUUCCUUGCGGGGCAUCAGGCUCUCGAUGAGCACUGGUGAUGGCGGUUCUUCGGAUAUCGCUACCGAUGGGCCAUGGUGCCUGCACCGGCCGAUGAAGCUCUUGCUCCCCGACCUGCUCCGGCUCGUUCUCCUCGCCGAAGAUGUAACGCAUUGCGAGGAAACACUUGGCGCCAAGCUCCACGGCAAGGAUGAAGAAGUUGAGAAGCUUUUCGCGCAGAAACACAAGGAAGUGCUCGAAGCUCAUGCUACAGACCACGCCGGCAAGCUUAAGGAGGCUGUUUUUGCUGCUAAAGCUGCAGAAGCCGCCAAGAAUGAACUAGAGGGUAAGGUCAAGAAAUUGGAAGCAGAUCUUGAGGUUCAUGGCAAGGAGAUCGCAACACUCAAAGCCGACAGGGAGAAGACACUCUAUGACUUGGCGGAGAUGCAGAAUUUCAUAUCCACCAAGACCCAAGAUCUCUCCAAAGCUCACGAAGCCAUUGCUGAUCUCAUGCUAAAGGUGCGGACACAUGAGAAGAACCUUGAAGAGAGCAGGGCUCAGGAGAAAAUUCUAAUCAAAGAUCUUCAGAACAAGAAGGAUCUGGUCGCCAGCGCCGCGAGCACUUAUAAUAGUUUUCAGAAAGGCAUGAAGAUCAAGACCGAGCGCCUUGUUGAUGCAACACAGAAGCUCACUGCACAACUAUCCAGCAUGGGUCUUGUCGGUCAGCGUAAUCUGCAGCCGCCUCAAUGUCUUUCCUUCUGUGCAUUGUUUCCCGAAGAUUAUGAAUUUCAUGCAAAAGAGUUGGUUCAUUUGUGGAUUGGCCUAGGUAUUUUACACUCAGAUGAUGAAAAGAGAAGAAUCGAAGAUGUUGGAUUGUGUUACUUAACUGACUUGGUUAAUCAAGGUUUUUUCAAAAAGAAUGAAUCGAGAUUGGGCGGUCCUUAUUACACCAUCCAUGAUCUACUGCGUGAGUUGGUUGCGAAGGUCUCAUCAUAUGAGUGUCUUAGCAUAUCAAGCUCCAAUGUGAUGUGCAUAGAAAUUCCCCCAUUUGUUCGGCAUCUGUCUAUCAUUGUGGAUGAUGCAGACGUCAAGGACACCAUGACUUUUGAAAACUACAAGAGGGAUUUGUGUGCGCUGGAAAAAAGGCUUGAAGUUCAAAACCUACACACUUUAAUGUUGUUUGGACAAUACCACGGAACCUUUUCUAGGGUUUUCUGUGGUUUGUUUCGGGAAGCUAGAGCCCUUCGUACUGUAUUUUUGUCUGAUGCAUCAUAUAACCUGGAGGAUGUGUUGCCUAACUUUUCAAAACUUGUCCAUCUUCGCUACUUCAAGCUAGCUGGUUUUGGUGAUGACAAGGGCUUGUGUGUAGCUGGUGUGCUGUGUAGAUUAUAUCAUUUGGAAGUCAUUGAUCUACAAGGAUGGAGGGGCCGCUUUGGUUCAACAAGGCAUAUUAGCACCCUUGUAAAGUUAGGUCAUUUUGUUGUGCCCCGAGAAGAACUUCAUUCUGACAUAUUUGAGGUGGGAAAACUAAAAUUCAUCAAUGAGUUAAAGACAUUUAGAGUGGGACAAGAAAGCAACAUGUUUGAACUGAGUCAACUAGGGAAACUGGAAAAUAUUGGAGGAUUGCUUGGCAUUUACAAUCUUGAAAAGGUGCAAUCAGAAGAAGAAGCAACUAAAUCAAGACUGAUACACAAAAGCCACAUGCAAGAGCUAAUAUUAGAAUGGUAUGUUCAGCGAUCUAACAGGGAUCCUACAUUUGAAGAAAAUGUUCUUGAACGCCUUGUACCACAUAGCAAUCUUCAACACCUAUACAUUAAAGGGCAUGGAGGAACUAAUUGUCCAAGAUGGCUAGGUGUAAACCUCUCCAUAAAGAAUCUGGAAUCUCUUUAUCUGUAUGAUUUGUCUUGGGGAAACCUUCCACCUUUAGGAGAGAUGUGGAUGGUCAAUGAUCUUGGUGCAGUGUACAAGGACUGUAUCUUAGGCCAAGGAUUUCAAAAUUUGAAAAGGCUAGAAUUGGUUAAAAUACCAAGAUUGAGAAAAUGGGUUGGGGACAACAAUACUUGUCAUUUGUUCUAUCACUUGGAAGAACUCACCAUUGAAGAUUGCUCUGAACUUACCGAGCUGUGCUUUCCAGAUCUUAGUUGUGGUCUGCGACAGCAAGAGAAGAGCAUAUCUUGGUUUCCUAGACUAAAGUCUCUCGGGAUACACAACUGCCCGAAGCUACUGUCAUUGCCUCCAAUCCCUUGGACUUGUGGUCCGUGCUCCGCUGUGAUAAAUAGGGUGGGCUCCGGUCUUGAGCGGCUAGUUUAUAAAGAAGACUCAACUUCAUCACUUGAAGUGCAGGGAACAUAUGGCCAGGAUAGUGUGUUCUUUAAUGGGUUGGUCUUCUCAAAUCUAACUUAUCUGAAAACAUUGGUGAUGCAAAGUUGCUCUCCUCUGCUGCUCGAUCGCCUCCUAAUGCUAAAAUCUCUGGAAUCCCUCCAGAUAAGUAACUCAAGUAAUAUAUUAUCCAUGGUUGAAAGUGUGGGCCAUGUACGAUGCCAGCUACCUGUCAAAAGGUUAAGUGUCGAGCAAUGUGGUGGCAGCGGCAAGGAAUUGACACUACUGUUCUCUCUUAUGCCAGAGCUCACCCAAAUAACAAUAGGGCGUUGUCAGGGGAUAAAAUGGCUCGGUGUGGGACAGUCAUCAGUAUAUUCUUCUGCUGAACCGUUGCAUAAGGUG